AUGGCAUCAAUCAAUAAACGACCGCAUGUUCUUAUCAUUGGAGCCGGUUUGGGCGGCUUGACGCUGGCUCAGUGCUUGCGCAAACAAGGUAUUACAUUUGACGUCUUUGAACGCGAUAACAGUGAGCAAGCCCGAUCGCAAGGGUGGGCUAUAGGACUUCAUACUAUCCUCAAGGAACUCGAGAAUGCAGUACCAUCGGAUUUGCCCAAUCUUCGCAAGGCUGUCAACCACUUAACGCCGCUGGACCUGAGUACGCAAAUAUGCUUCUACACGGGCGCAGUCAACCAGCGGGUAGGCGUGCAGGAUACUCCCGAAACGCCCUGUCUGCGAGCAAACCGGCCCAAACUGAGGCAAUGGCUCGCGACAGAUAUUCCCAUCCAAUGGAGCAAGCACCUAGUGCAUAUCGAUAAUACCGAUGCAGGGCAGGUGACUGUAGAGUUUGCAGAUGGCACAUGCGCCACGGGAGACGUUGUAGUUGGCGCAGACGGGGUCAACAGCACCGUGAGAGAGCAUUUGAUGCAACGCUCCAACCACGAAGUGCUCAACAUUGUUCCCACCGCCACCAUCAUAGGCGACGUCAAACUGUCGGGAGCAGCCAUGGAACGCCAGCUCAGCUUGGGUCACAGCUGCUACAUCGCGUCGCCUGGCGUCAGCUCGAGGACCUUUGUCGGCCUGCAGCAAGUCGCCCCGGAUGGACAGUCUGGCGACUUUUAUUGGUUUCACAUGGAGGACGAUGCCGACGUGGGUACACCUGGUCACUGGCUGCGAACGGCCUCGCGCAAAGAUAAGCUCGCAUACGUCCAGAAGGCCCUCGCGCCGUUUGACCCGCAGCUCCGCGAGAUCGUCGAGCUGACCACGGCCGACGGUAUACGAGACGACGAGUUUGUCUUCCGAGACUCGGAGAUGAUCUCGAGUUUGCCCCGGGGAAGCAUCGCGCUUCUUGGCGACGCCAUUCACCCCAUGACCCCCUACUUGCCCGAGAUGAUUGCGGAAUAUCACGAAAAGGUUACCAAACGCGGUGCCGAGGCCGUGAGAAAGUCGAGAAACGCCAACAGAUAUGACGGGGAGCGAAAAGUACAAAUGUUUGCCUGGGGCUCACCUGCAGUGCCACUGCCACUAGAGACGAUCGUGUUGAGUGAGCACCAAGAGCACCUCCAGUAA